AUGGAUGAUGGGGAGAUCAAAUAUUGCGACAUGGCGCUCUCCGAAUCAUACGAGGAGGUCCUCGGCGCUGCUUGUACCAUGUGGGAGGGUUACUUGCCACAUGGUAUUCAGACCGCUGAAUGCUACCUGGUUCGAGACGAAACUCUCAGCAACGAUCCUAUAGUAGUAAGGCUAUCACCAUCCCGCUUUGCUGAAAUUGUUCGCGAAGCAUCCCCUGGACGUUUGGAGUUGCGACUGGAGACUCGCCGACGUGAAUCUAUCUCAACAGAUUUGAAUAAUCACGGACCUGCUGGCUUAAUACCAAGAAACGUAACCUACGAAACGGGUCUAAAUGCUUACUAUGCUGGCCGUUAUGACGAAGCACGCAUAUACUUCCGGGCGGCCAUCGAUAUUACCGGGAGAAGAGUAACUUACUUCAGGAAGCGGAAUGCUUCAACCACCUCGGGUCAUAUCUCGCCAUAA